AAUUAAGUAUAAAUUUUGGACAAGUUUUUCUAAAAUGCAAGGUGCUCCUCUCCUUUUGCCCUCUGUCAUCUUGGCUUUGGCCUGCUCCUUUGCCGCUGCCUCGGAUCCCGACCCUGUUCAGGACUUCUGUGUGGCCUUAAACGACACCAAAACUGGUGGCUUGUUUGUGAAUGGAAAGUUCUGCAAGGACCCCAAGCUUGCCGACGCGGGGGAUUUCUUCUUCUCUGGACUAGAUAAGCCCGGCAACACAUCGAACCCAGUUGGUUCGAAAGUGACUCCCGUGACUGUAGACCAAAUUCUAGGGCUUAAUACUUUGGGAAUCUCCCUCGCCCGCAUCGACUUUGCACCGUACGGUCUAAACCCUGCACACACUCAUCCCCGAGCUACCGAAAUCCUAGUAGUCGUAGAGGGAACAUUGGAGGUUGGUUUUGUAACAUCCAACCAACAAGAUGGAAGCAACAAACUCUUCACUAAAAUCCUCAACAAAGGAGACGUGUUUGUGUUCCCAGUUGGUCUCAUUCAGUUCCAGUUCAACAGGGGACAUUACAAUGCUCUUGCUUUUGCUGGUCUGAGCAGCCAAAACCCCGGAGUUAUCACUAUUGCUAACGCUGUGUUUGGAUCAGACCCUCAUAUCAAUCCUGAUGUUCUCACCAAGGCUUUCCAAGUUGAUAAGAAUAUUAUUGACUAUCUCCAGAAACAGUUCUGGUCUGAUAAUAAAAGUAGAAGGUUGCGAACUUAUGGAGAGGUUCUUCAGAGAGCCCAAAUAUUAGAGAAUGAUGAUGCAAUGCCUAUGAAAGCUGAAUCCAAAGAGCGAGGUAGAAGCCCAUCAUGGAAGAGGACUUGGGAUAAGAACAACAAAUAG